GCAGAAAAAGGAGAAGCUGAAAGCGGCUUCCGGUUUGAGAAAGGUUGUGCUUUGGGCACGUGUGUCUUUUCCACCGGGCUCUUGCGUGUCCCUCCGUCCGGGUGAUCUUUUUUGUGGUACUUCUUGCAGGCCUAAGGAUGAAGGCGAGAAGAAAUAAAAAGCAGGUCCCAAGCUUUCGAAAGCUGAUCAAAACUAGUAAAGUGAAACUCGAAAACAAGCUGAAAAAUAAGCAAUUUAAACAGCAAAGUACCGUCAAGAAGUACCGAAAAGAGCAGAGGAAACUAAGGCAAGCCGUAAAAGAUGCUGUGUCUAAAAAACCCAUUCCACUGGAGGAUCCAAAGAGCAAACGACCAGUUAAAAGGAUGGAGAGGGAAGAGGAAGAGGAGGAAGAAGCCCUUCCUUUAGAUAUGAUGGAUGAAGAUGACUUACAGCUGAUGAAAGAUUUAGGACAAAAAGCAUCUUUUCUCACAAGAGAUCUUUCUUCUAGUGAACCAGUUCACGUCAAGAAACGAAAGCAUGAGAGUGUGAUAGAAAAAUAUGAAAAAGUGCCGAGAACUCUGCAAACGGCACCAGAAAAGGAGUUGAUUCACCUGCUUCCCAUCAAGGAUAAGAGUGGCAUAAUCCCACAGACUCGGGAGAAGCCCGUCACUGACAUCCAGCAAGAAGAAGAGGAGGAGGAAGAGCUGGAAGUUGAGGAAGAGGUCAUCGAAGACCCCAGGCAAGAGCUGACCAUAGAAGAGCAUGUGAUCGAGAGAAAGAAGAAACUACAGGACAAGAAAAUACAGAUUGCAGCCUUGGCAUCUGCUAUUCUGUCAGAUCCAGAAAGUCAUAUUAAAAAACUGAAAGAGUUGCGUUCCAUGCUGAUGGAGCAGGACCCUGAUGUGGCUGUCACUGUCCGGAAGUUGGUGAUCAUCUCACUGAUGGAGCUGUUUAAGGACAUCACUCCCUCAUAUAAAAUCCGGCCCCUAACGGAAGCAGAAAAAUCUACCAAGAUUCGUAAAGAAACCCAGAAGUUAAGAGAAUUUGAAGAAGGCCUGGUUAGCCAAUACAAAUUUUAUUUGGAAAAUCUGGAGCAAAUAGUUAAAGACUGGAAACAAAGGAAGCUGAAGAAGAGCAACGUGGUGUCCUUAAAGGCCUACAAAGGGCUGGCUGAAGUGGCAGUGAAGAGCCUGUGUGAGCUGUUGGUGGCCCUGCCCCAUUUUAACUUUCACAACAACAUCAUUGUACUGGUUGUCCCCCUGAUGAAUGAUGGGUCAAAACUGGUAUCUGAAAUGUGCUGCGAAGCAGUAAAGAAACUCUUUAAACAAGAUAAAUUGGGCCAAGCUUCUCUUGGUGUAAUUAAAGUGAUCUCUGGUUUUGUAAAGGGCAGAAAUUAUGAAGUUAGGCCAGAGAUGUUAAAAACAUUUUUAUGUCUGCGGAUCAAGGAAGUAGAAGUGAAAAAAGACACAGAGGACAUUAACAAACCAAAAAGGUUCAUGACUUUCAAGGAGAAGAGAAAAACACUAUCAAGAAUGCAAAGAAAGUGGAAGAAAGCAGAAGAGAAACUGGAGCGGGAACUUCGGGAGGCUGAAGCUUCGGAGAGCACUGAGAGAAAGCUGAAACUGCACACAGAGACUCUGAAUAUUGUGUUUGUGACCUACUUCAGAAUAUUGAAGAAGGCCCAGAGGUCACCUCUUCUGCCAGCGGUUCUAGAAGGUCUUGCCAAGUUUGCACAUCUUAUAAAUGUGGAGUUUUUUGAUGAUUUAUUAGUGGUUCUUCAUACCCUCAUUGAGUCUGGUGAUCUAAGUUAUCAAGAAAGUCUUCACUGUGUUCAAACUGCUUUCCAUAUUCUUUCUGGACAAGGUGAUGUUUUAAAUAUUGACCCGAUGAAAUUCUAUACACAUCUCUACAAGACACUGUUCACAUUACACGCAGGUGCUACCAACGACGGUAUUGAGAUUGUGCUCCACUGCCUUGAUGUCAUGCUAAGCAAGCGCAGAAAGCAGGUUUCUCAUCAGCGAGUGCUUGCCUUCAUCAAACGCCUUUGCACACUUGCUCUUCAGGUUCUUCCAAAUUCAAGCAUUGGCCUUUUAGCAACUACCAGGAUAUUGAUGCACACUUUUCCCAGAACAGAUCUCCUGCUUGAUAAUGAGUCUCAGGGCAGCGGGGUGUUUCUGCCUGAGCUGGAGGAGCCAGAGUACUGUAAUGCACAGAACACGGCACUGUGGGAGCUACACACACUUCGGAGACAUUACCAUCCCAUCGUGCGGAGAUUUGCAGCGCAUCUGCUUGCUGGGGCACCAACUGAAGGCUCGGAGGCCCUCAAGCCCGAGCUGAGCCGAAGGUCUGCAGUUGAACUGUUUGAGACUUACAGCAUGGCAGCAAUGACGUUCAACCCACCUGUUGAGUCCUCACACUUCAAAAGGAAGGAUAAAUUUUUACAAGGAGACUCAUUUUUGAAUGAAGAUUUAAAUCAACUAAUCAAAAGAUACUGUAAUGAAGCUUCUACUCAGAUACCACUGGAUUUCACCAAGUGUUUGAAAACCUCAUCACGGUAGUACAGAGAGUGAAUGGACUGUCACAUGUUUAUAUGUGCAUGUACAGAGACACAUACAGAUACAUGAGAGCCUGUUUCUUUUUGUACAAGGAAGACUUCCUAAGAAUGAUUAUAUGAGAACUGAAGCAGGGUCACAGAAGACACCGCUUAUUGGCUUGCUCUUCGUGCCUUGCUCGGCUUGCCUUCUUAUACAGUCCACACCAGCUUGUCCAGGAAUGGCACUGCCUGUGAGGCAUGAAUCCUGUAAAUGCCCUGCGGACAUGCCGUAGUCUAGUCUAAUGGAGGCAGUUCUUCAGUUCUGCAGACAUGCCAUAGUUUAGUCUAAUGGAGGCAGUUCUUCAAUUGAGAUUUCCUCUUCUCAGGUGACUCCAGUGUAUGUUAAGUCAACAAAACCUAAACAGGACAGUUACUAAAUUCUCUUCAUAGCUCAAUAAAUAUUGUUAUUACAGCACCAUAGAUGAAAGCAAAUAAAAUAGAUUUUGUGGGUUUUUCUUAACCUUCAUCGUUUUUAUUUUUUGAUGUGAUUUAACUCUAUUUUAAAAAUUUUUUUAUAACUUUAUUUACUUAUUCACUUUACCUCCCCUUUGCAGCCCUGCUUCCUUCCAGUUCCCCCCACCCUUAGAUGGCUCCUCCCUUAACUCCCUCCCCUUCAUUUCUGAGAUGGGGGAGAUCUCCCUUGGGUACUGACCCACCCUAGUACCUCAAGUCACUACAGAGCUAGGUACAUCCUCUUCUACUAAGGCCAGACAAGACAGCCCAGUUAGGGGACCAGGAUCCACAGGCAGGCAACAGAGUCAGGGUAAGAUCAGUUCCAAUUGUUGGGGGAUCCUAAUGAAGACCAGCCUGUAUAUCUGCUACAUAUGGGGAGGAGGGCUAGGUCCAGCCCUUUAUGCUCUUUGGUUGGUGGUUCAGUCUCUGGGAGGCCCCAAUUUUGUGAUUUUUUUUUUUUUUUUUUUUUUUUUGAUAAAUAAAGUUAGACUCUUGUUCAUUGGCUCUUGUUGAAUGACACAAUAAGGAAUGACCAGAUCUGACCUUUAAGGGGGAAUGAGUGCUCUCAUUGCUAGUGUCACAGAGAGUGUGAGUGAGAAUCCAGAAUCUGUGAGGUUGGGUUAAUUUUUUACCUGAGAAUGAUGAGGGAAAACUGCUCAGUAGGAUGAAAGGUCCAAGAUUCCCAUAGUGCUGUAGGAGUGUCCAUUCCUGACCAACCGGGAAAGUGUUCUUCUCUUAAAUUCUUACAGAUAAAAACUGUAUAUGUUUAUAAAUAGAGUUAUAAAGAGCUAUUUCAUAUAAUAGCUAUUACCAUUGUAGAGAUGACUUACAAAUACAAAAUGUGUACAUAAAUAUUUUCUGCUAUUAAUAACUAAAUAAAGUAGCUUCUAUUUUUACUUC